UUUACUUUUGCUCACUUCAAGUUUGAAUCAAGUUUGAACAUUUGAACACAAAUUUGUGUUAAACCACUUGAGAAGCAGUGAAGAGCAAAAAAAUUAAGGUGAAAAAAAGGCCAACAAACGCAACAACAAAAAUACAUGUAAGACUAACCUUCAAAUGUCAAAUUUUUUCAAAGUGAUUAGUUUUGUGUUGUUAAACCCUUUUCCAACUCUACUCUUGCCAUCGACACUUUGCCCAAUCAACAAUUCAACUUGAGCAAUGGAUUUAAGGACUAACAAUCGUUCAUCUUCAACAUCAACAAUUUGUUCAGAGGAAAAGAUAAAGUUCAAUAUUGAUGGAUUAAUAUCAAAAAGCAACAAUAACACGACAAGCAACACAAGUACCAACACCAGCAACACAAGCAACAGCAGCACAACCGCCAACAACAUCAACAACGGCAACAACAAUAAUCAUAGCAAUCAAAGACUUUAUUACGAUGGUAAUCUUGGCUGGUUGUUCCGUGCUCCACCACAUUCAUCCGUUAUUGGCGGCUCCAAGCCCAAAGUAGCAACUCCGCUGGUUGUGAGUAAAAUUGAGCAGUACAAGCGAGAAAAUCCAACGAUAUUUGCAUGGGAAAUUAGAGAAAGACUCGUCAAUGAAGGUGUUUGUAGCCAAGGAACAGCUCCAUCAGUCUCAUCAAUUAAUCGAAUCCUCCGUAAUCGAGCCUCUCAACGAGCUUUGGCUGAGUUUACACGUAACUAUCAAUUAUACGCGGCAACUUCAGCAGUUCAUUAUCCAAUGACACCUCAUCCUCCAGUGCCUCAUUACCCAGCAGGAGUCAAUCCAUCAAAUCCAACUAUGUAUCAAUUAGCAGCCGCUGCUGCUAUGAUGGCCUCAACACCUCCAACUGGUCAACCUUUUUGGCAGCCAAUGGGUUUACCAAAUUCAAAUCUUAUCCAUCCAUCAAUUCAAAUAAGGGAAGUUGACGGUGAAUCUGGAAGAGAACAAGAUAUUAAAGAGGAAGAUAAGGAGGAUAAAUGUGGCAGCGGAAUAAACAGCGAAAGCUCAUCACCCAAUCUUAGUUCAAUGACCAAUCCCAAUCAACCUAGUCUCGGCUUCGAGCAUUUAACUUUCAGUUCCGCCUCAGAUUCUGCUGCCAAAUUCCGUCGAAAUCGAACCACCUUUUCUCAAGAUCAACUAGAAAUAUUGGAACAAGAAUUUGAGAAAACACAAUAUCCUUGUGUUUCAACUCGUGAAAGACUUGCCCAACAAACAAACCUCUCUGAAGCUCGCGUUCAGGUUUGGUUUAGCAAUCGUCGUGCAAAGAAUCGUCGACAUCAACGCAUGUCACGCUCAAACAAUUCACGUUAUUCAUCUUUAGCUGAAUCAAGAGAUUCUGGAGACUCGCCUGGAAUUGAUAUGAUCUCUCGAGAUGUUUCAAGGGACUCUUUUGAUACCAAUGUUUCCUCCGAGCCACCGCACAGUAAUGGAAGUGUAACGCCAACUCGAGCCCACCGAGCAUCAUCUUUAUCCAAAUCUCCUGAACAUAAACCUUUAUCACCAUCACCACCGACAGGUCCAGGUACUGAUCUUCUAUCGGGAACUCGAAAUACCAACAGUCCAUCAUCAUCUUCAUCACAUUCACCCUCACCUCAACCACCUCCAUCAAAGGUUUUAAUAGCGCCCACUAGUCUUAUCAUAGGUAGCGUUGAUUCAGCUUUCAAAAAGGUCACCUCCAAAUGACCAUUAAUUUCACCAGGAAACUUAACGAGAUUAGAUUAGAACUAUUAUUUAUCUGUUCAGAAACCGCUAACAAUAGAAAAUCAUUUUUGUUGAGCGAAAAUUGAUUUAAACUUAUCAUUUAAAUUCCUAUUUAUCAUUUUAAUCAACCUUAAGUAACCUCACUUUUACCAUAACCAUCAUUCCUAUCAUUCUAAUUGUCAUCUUCAUCAUCAACCUUUCACCAUCGUCCCAAAUUCGGAUUAAUGCACCUGAUUUGAGGAAGCACACAAAAAAUUGUAGAUCUUGAAUUCAUCCAAAAAACAAUGCUUACUUAACAAUCGACAACAGUCUCAAUCAAUAUCAAUACGGACAAUGAAGUGGAAAACUUGAACUAGUAAUUUAACAAACAAAACUCUCUAUUUAUCUUCAUCUAAAAUGUCAGUUAAUUGUGAUUUGUUUCAUCAAAAAAAGCUCACAAAUUUGUUCAACAACCUUAAAAACUAUCCCUUUGUAUCCUCUCUAUAUCAACAAUUAAUUUAAAUGUUCAAUCACAAUUUGUAACAUCACAUUAUUCACAUUUUUCACCACUUUUGUCAACAACUUAUCACUGUAAUCAUUUACUUUUGCUAGAAGCAACCAAAAACAUACUGAUAAAUAAUCAAUCACAGUAUUAAAUAAGUCCCUUUAAUCAAUACAAUCCCUUCAAAUAUAACAAUAAAUUAAAAAACAGUGUUGAACCAACCAAA